AUGUAUGGUGUUGUUGUUACUCCACCACUCUACGAGACUGAAAUAAUGCAUUGCGUUUAUGUGGAGGAAAAGAGUCCUCUCUUAUUUAUUAAACGAGGUCCAGUAACAAAUAGAGCAAAACUGACCAAACAAGAACGUAAAGAUCUCGACAAAGCUGAAAGAAGUAGAUCCCUUAUGUUCGGUGACUGGAUUGAAUUUGAAGAAAGUGAUGUUAUAGAAGGUUGCAUUGAGAAAUAUGUAAAGAUAUAUCCGUUGAAUCCUUGCCGCAGCAGUGGCGACCGUUUGCAGAUUGAAUCAACCUGUGUUUUUUCACCCUUAACGCGUGGAUGGGAGAACCAUUGUUACUGUGAAUUGUUUGGUAAGGUUCGAAUAGAUCCGGAAUUGAGGAACUGCUUUCUUGCUGACGUUGCGUACCGUUGCUGGAUUUCUGUGGAAGUAACGAGAAUAUCCUCUUUGAAUGUGGAAGUUGGUGAAUAUAUUGAUGUAUCAGAGGAACAGAAUUUGGUAAAUGAAGCGCCUUGGAAUCAUGAGGAUCCCAGAUUUAUUACCAUCAUCAAUAGCGACAGCGAUGAGAGUGACUCGGAUAUGAAAGAAACCUUUUCUCAAAUAUCAUAUCCGUAUGAGAUAUGCGGUGCGGAAGGUGUAUUGGUUAGUGAACGAAAUGUGUACAGUAGUCAAUAUCGAGACGUUAAAAUCGCAUUGGCUUAUGUUAAACGUAUUCGGCGUACACCUAUCGGUUGCUGUAUACAUUUUAACGCGUACUACAAUAUUGCUUUACAAUUAUAUGUGGUUCGAUCAUAUCGUCCAUUGGAGAAAAAGUCAUUUAUAGCAAAGCCAUUCGAAUUUGGAUCACUAUUUUUGUUAGAGGUCAAUGUCAACUGGGGACCGAAUUUGCCAAUGGGUUAUUUGUGGAGCGAAGAUAACGAUCUAGGAUUGAUUCAUGAUGCUGAUGGAUUACUGCUACCUAUAUUGUUAAGUAAUAAUCCUUAUGCACCCGUAUGCGUAUAUGUGGCAGAUGUAGGUCCUAGUCGUUUAAGUCGUUUUGCGAUAAAAGAUCUUUCCGACAUGGCAACAAGGAAGACAGAGCUAUCGGAUGAUGGCUUGGUUUUGGGUGAUGGCUCCCUUCUAGCAUCUCGUUACCUUUGUUUGGAAAUUCGUUUCGACAGUGAUUCGCCAAAAGGAUGGGACAAGCUUGUUCCUGGGACAUGGAUUAACUUCACAGCAUGGAGUCCUCCUGGCAUACCAGAAUUCAGAAUCAAAACCUGGAGCUCGACAAUUAAUCCAGCUUUGAUACAAAUUAAUGCAGUUCCAACUUGCUGUGGUUUUGCGUUUGAGACAUGUGGUCAGUUUAAACAAGAGCUAAGCGCAGUAAAAUCAUCCGUAUUUGGUUUUAUUGAAAUACCGCGUGAAAAGCGGUCAUUGAUGAAUGCAGAAGAUCGAGGUACAACGAUUCUUUGGGUACGAGAAGACAAAAAAAAUAAAAAAACACGAUUUGUACUUCAUUCGAUUGAAGCCCCACAGAUUAUCGAUAUUGCAAAAGAUACGGAAGAAAAGUCACUACAGUCUUUGAUGAAUGAUGUUCAGCAAUGCUAUGUAACAGAAAAGUUCAUUAUGCCGUGUAAGGGAAUUGAUUGCGAAGGCAAACAGUUACUGCUGCGCUGUUUUAAUAACCGUGCCAUCGUAAAUAGUCUGGUUAAAGCAUCAGCUGAUCAACUUUUGGCUAGUAUUGUGAAAUCAAUACAACAGCACUUAUUGCUACCAGCAAUGCCACUUGAAGAAGUUAAUGUUAACUCUAAUGAUUUACUAAGCGCAAAGGAGAAUUUAACGAAUCAGAAGGCGGAAUCACCAAAUGAUAUUCAUGAAACAGCUGCUACUAUCCUAAGACGCGAAUCAAAUGGAGAGAUUUUGCUGGCUGAAAAUCCUAAUCGUUUUGUUAUAUUUCCUAUCAAAUUUCACGACAUUUGGGAUUAUUACAAGAAAGCAUUGGCAUCAUUUUGGACUGUUGAUCUCAGUAAGGAUUACCGUGAUUGGGAAAAUUUGAAUGAUGGGGAGCGUCAUUUUAUCUCAAGGGUUUUAGCGUUUUUUGCGGCCUCCGAUGGUAUUGUAAAUGAAAAUUUGGUAAAUCGUUUUUCGCAAGAAGUUCAGGUACCGGAAGCACGGUUCUUCUACGGUUUUCAAAUUAUGAUCGAGAAUAUUCAUUCUGAAAUGUACUCAAAAAUGAUUGAUACCUAUAUUCGUGAUCAAGAACAAAAAUCUCUCUUAUUCAACGCAAUUUAUGAAUUCGAAUUCGUUAAGAAAAAAGCUGAUUGGGCACUAUGUUGGAUUGCUGAUAUAAAUGCUCCCUAUGCUGAACGACUGAUAGCUUUCGCUGCUGUUGAAGGAAUAUUUUUCUCUGGAAGCUUUGCUGCAAUAUUUUGGUUGAAAAAGCGCGGUUUGAUGCCUGGUUUAACACAUAGUAACGAACUGAUUUCAAGGGAUGAAGGCUUGCAUCGCGAUUUUGCAUGUCUCUUAUACACUUAUAUCAAAAAUAAACCUUCAGAGGAAAGAAUUUAUCAGAUUAUCCGCGAGGCGGUUGAUAUUGAAAAGGAAUAUUUGACGGAAGCGUUACCGGUGGAUUUGAUUGGUAUAAACUGUAAGUUGAUGUGUCAGUAUAUUGAAUAUGUAGCUGAUCAUUUAUUAACAGAACUCAAUUGCGCAAAGAUAUACUAUUCGGAUAACCCAUUUGAUUUCAUGGAACGUAUAUCGAUCGAAGCGAAAACUAAUUUUUUUGAAAAACGUGUGAGUGAGUACCAGAAAGCUGGUGUUCUAAGCAGCGAAGAGGGAAAAAGUUUUAAUUUAGAUUCGGAUUUCUAA